AUGGAUCUGGCUAUCAUGAGUCGGUCUAUCGCUCUUCGGGCUUCAAGACAAGCUCGAUCCGUUCGCUACUACAGUAUCGUUCAUGAUGUUCCUCCGGUGGCAGCGAGCUUGGGCCAGAAUGCCCCUCCAACGCAACCUCAAUCCCAAUCUGUUUUUGACCGGGCACUGAAUGCCUCUGGUCCUCGUCAUGACUGGACAAAGGAGGAGAUUUCUCAGAUCCAUCAGAGGCCCCUGAUGGAGCUGGCUUUCGCCGCAGGCACUGUCCACAGACGCUUCCAUAAGCCAUCCGCAGUCCAAUUGUGUACCCUCAUGAAUAUCAAGACUGGAGGAUGUACAGAAGACUGCUCAUACUGCGCUCAAUCCUCUCGCUACAAGACCAAUCUCGAAGCCACCAAGCUUUCCACGGUGGAUUCCGUGCUGGAAGCUGCAAAGAUCGCUAAAGCCAAUGGCUCCAACCGAUUCUGUAUGGGUGCCGCGUGGCGUGACAUGCGUGGAAGAAAACGAGGUCUCAAGAAUAUUGUUGAAAUGGUCAAAGGCGUACGUUCAUUAGGCAUGGAAGCUUGUGUAACUCUUGGAAUGGUGGACAAGCAACAGGCUUUGGAACUGAAAGAAGCCGGUUUGACCGCCUAUAACCACAACUUGGAUACUUCUCGAGAGCACUACCCCAACAUUAUCUCAACGCGGAGCUAUGACGAGCGACUACAGACAAUCAAAAACGUACGGGAAGCAGGCAUUCAUGUAUGCAGUGGUGGGAUCCUAGGACUGGGCGAAACACCCCAGACCGACCAUGUUGGAUUAAUUCACACGUUAGCGACUCUCCCUGGACACCCCGAGUCAUUCCCUGUCAACAAACUCGUGCCAAUUAAAGGGACACCCAUGUUUGGCCAGGAGCCGGUCAAAUUGGAGGAUAUGGUCCGAGUGAUUGCUACCGCCCGAUUGGUCAUGCCCAAGACGAUUAUUCGAAUAGCUGCAGGAAGAGUCAGCAUGCCCGAGAGUGAACAGAUGCUUUGUUUUUCGGCAGGCGCCAAUGCCAUCUUCACGGGUGAGAGAAUGUUGACCACUGAGUGUAAUGGUUGGGAUGAAGACAAGGCCAUGUUUGAGAGAUGGGGGUUGACCCCUAUGCAGACUGAAGCCAGCAAGGUUGUGGAGGAACCUAAGUUCGAGGCUCGAAGUUUUGAUGAAAUGAGACACCAGAGUCACACGGCAGAACAGACCGCGGCAUGA